AUGGCUCUGGACAGGAAGGAGCUGCUAUUGAACACGCUGAUGGAGCUGGGGGAGGAGGACUUCAUGAACUUUAAGUUGCUCACAGACCUGCCUAAAAGCGUACGUGAAAACCCCAGCCGGGCGUACAUUGCUGACGAGCUGAUAAAGAAUUACGGCAAGAACACUCUGGAUGAGACCGUCAAGAUUCUGGAGAAGAUCUGGAACAAAGAUUUGGCCCAGAACCUGCGCAGCGACAUGCUGAAAAUAAAAGGCGCAGACUUCUCCGUCCACGAUGACGUUCAGAUUGCCAGAUUGAAGAGGGAGCUCCAAGACAACCUGCGGCGUUCAUACAGGUUUGCUUCCGAGGGCAACACCGAGCGCUGGCAGCAGCAGCCCCUGGAGGACGUCUACACGCAGCUAGACGUCACCUGCGGGGCAGACGUCAGCCCAGACGGGCGGCAUGAGGUCCUCCAGAUGGAGACGUGUGCCGCGGCCAAGCAGUCCAUCCUGCCGUGCGACAUCUUCAAAAGCCCUGACGGGAACCGGCGACCGAUACGCACGAUGCUCACCGUGGGCUUCGCAGGAAUAGGAAAAACCUUCCUGAUUCAAAAGUUUUUGUCGGAUUGGGCCAGCGGUAAUACUAACCAGGACGUGGACUUCAUAUUUCCUUUCACCUUCCGCGAGUUAAACAUGGAGAAAGGGGAGAGCUUUACGUUGGCCGAGCUGAUCCAAACUUUUGUCUGCGGAAACAGGCACAUGAGCGAGAGACUGAACAAUAUAUUUGUCGACCUGCAAACUUCUGGGAAGCGGGAUUUUGAAAGCAGCCGAAUCAAGAUCUUGUUUAUCCUCGACGGACUGGACGAGUGCAACUUCAAAAUCGACUUGAAGAAAGUAAGGAAAGUGGACAUGGACGUGAGGGAAACCUACCCGCUGGAGGUAUUGCUGGCGUAUCUCAUCAAUGGGAACCUGCUUCCGUGCGCCAGGGUUUGGAUCACCACGCGGCCCGCGGCAGCCCGCGAUAUCCCCUCCGACCUCAUCGACAGCAGAACAGAGGUGAGAGGAUUUAGCGAUUCCCGGAGGCUGGAGUACUUCAGGAAAAGGUUCCCAAAUGAGGAGCGCGUCAUUGAGCACAUUCGAAAAUCUCGCACCAUCUUCAUCAUGUGCCACAUUCCCAUCUUCUGCUGGCUCACCGCCACAGUUCUUCAGGAUUAUUUGGACAAAGGGAAAAAGAGAGAGCUUCCCACAACGCUGACUGACAUGUACUCAGCGUUUAUAGGUCACCACCUGGAAAACGCCAAGGAGAGAAAUACAGCGGAGUACAUCCCUGACGUGAAAGCGCUCGCCAAGCUGGCCUUUGACCACACCAUGAAUAACUGUCAGAUCUUUUACGAGAAGGACCUGGCGGACAGCGGUUUUGAUUACGGCCAAGCUGCAAAACACUCCGGUUUAUUCACAGAGGUGUUUAAAGAGGUUCCUCCACUCAGGAGAAAAAAACAGAAGAUGUUUCAGUUUGUUCAUCUGACCAUACAGGAGUAUCUGGCAGCACUGUACGUGAUGAUGAGCCUCUUCCACGACAACAAGAACGUACUGGAUGAUUCAGGAUGGAAAAAAUUGUUCAAGCAGAAGACAAUCACUGAGGUCCACAAGUCAGCGCUCCAGAAAGCCUUGGAAAGUGAAGGAAACCUGGAUAUGUUUCUCCGCUUCCUCUUUGGCCUUUCCUUGCAGUGCAACCAGGAACUAGUGGGGGAACUCCUGAAGGCUCCUCAGAACAGCGGGCAAAGCAAGACAAAGACAGUCAAGUUGAUCAAGAAAAGGAUCAAACAGAACACUCCAGAGGAGAAUGUCAACUUGUUCUACUGCCUAAACGAGCUGAAGGACGACUCAUUGCUGAAGCAGAUCCAGCAGGAACUAGAUGCAGGACGUAUGUCCUUACAUAAAAUGUCAAAUGACAUGUUGUCGGCCUUGGCUUUCUUCUUACUUACGGACGACGAAACCAUGAAGUCCUUUAACCUGGGUGAAUACCUCCCAUUUCCUUUUGGGCUCGAGAAGCUGCUGUUGGUCGUCAAGGCUUCUCAAAAAUCAGUUCUUAGUGGAUGUUGGCUGAACAAAGGCAGCUGUCACCAGCUGGCUUCCGUUCUCAGUUCUCCAUCCAACCUGAGGCAUCUGGACCUGAGCUACAAUGACGAUCUGUCGGACGAGGGGGUGGAGAUCCUCUCAAAAGGACUGGCCAGUCCACACUGCAACUUAGAAUUCCUCAACCUGUCCUACUGUGAGAUCACCAGUAAAGGAUGUGUUUCAUUGGCUGAGGCUCUCAAGCUAAACCCCUCCCAUCUUCAAGAGCUGAACCUGAGCUUCAACGGCCUAUUGGACGAGGGGAUCGAGAUACUCUCAAAAGGACUGGCCAGCCCAAACUGCAUCUUAAAAGUCCUUAAGCUCUCAGGAUGCAAGAUAUCAAAGCAAGGAUGUGUCUCAUUGGCUGAGGCUCUCAAGUUAAACCCCUUCCGUCUUCGAGAGCUGUACUUACACGGUAACGAUCUGUCGGACGAGGGUGUUGAAAUCCUCUUGAAAGGACUGACCAGCCCACACUGCAUCUUAAAAGUCCUCAACCUUUCAGAGUGUAAGAUCACAAAGCGAGAAUGUGUUUCAUUGGCCGAGGCUCUCAAGUUAACCCCCUCCCAUCUUCAAGAGCUGAACCUGAGCUUCAAUGGCCUAUCGGACGAGGGGGUCGAGAUCCUCUCGAAAGGACUGGCCAGCCCACACUGCAUCUUAAAAGUCAUCGAGCUAAGAAAAUGCUUGAUCACAAAGCGAGGAUGUGUUUCAUUGGCUGAGGCUCUUAAGUUAAACCCCUCCCAUCAUCAAGAGCUGGACCUGAGCUACAACAAUCUGUCGGAUGAGGGGGUUGAGAUCCUCUCGAAAGGACUGGCCAGCCCACGCUGCAUCUUAAAAGUCCUCAAGCUGUCACAGUGCGAGAUUACGGCUAAAGGAUGCAUUCCUGUGGCUGAGGCUCUCAAGUUAAACCCGUCCCAUCUUCAAGAGUUGGACAUGAGGGACAACUCUCUGUCGGACGAAGGGGUUGAGAUCCUCUCGAAAGGACUGGCCAGCCCACACUGCAUCCUAAAAGUCCUCAACCUGUCAGAGUGUGAGAUCACUAGUAAAGGAUGUGUUUCAUUGGCUGAGGCUCUCAAGUUAAAUCCCUCCCAUCUUCAAGAGUUAUUUCUCAUCAACAAUCGAAUAGCGCAAGAAGAAAAGAGGGUCUUAUUGGAGAUCAAGGAGGAUCCCAGUUACAGCCUGAAGACUGUCCAGUAA